AUAUUUGGAACGCCUUGCAAAAAUCUUAUUGAUUGUCAAAUUUAUCUUAUUGAUCAUUUUGAUGCACUACUAGUUUAAAACUUUUCAUACUUAUGCAUUUGCAGACAGGAAUACUACUAACCUUACCGAUAUUGCAAAUCAAGUCGCAUAGUGUCAGCUUGAGUCCAUAGCUCUUUCACGCUUGAACAGCGCAGAUGGCGGCGAGAGAUACCAAAGGACAGUACACUGCACUGGAAAUGAAAGCUAAAGAGUCUGAGAAGGAACAAGCUUCAAGUCAGUCUCACUGGCAGAUUACGGGAAACCUUGAGGAUGAAUUUGAUAAAGACUUUUGGGUCGAGGUAAGAAGGAAGUUUAAAGAAGACAAUGUGAGACCAUGGUCACAUGCUAUGGAUGAGGUCAGGGUAGCAAGAUUAAUCAAGCGCUUCAGAGAUAAUGGCUCAAAACCAGAUGAAGACCCCCUUCUCAUCAUGUGUAGAGACUGGCCCAAGGAUGAGAAGUUUAAAGGGAAGCCUGAACUCGUUGAACAACAGUUGAAAAAAUUUGCUGAGAUUCUGCUUUCUGAUGACAAUGAUAUGAACAAAGACAAUAGAUACGAGAGAUUGAGAGACAUCUCCAAUGAUGAAGAAAAGACCCUCCUUCACUAUGCAGCUGAGCAAAACUUCUACCACUUAGCUUCUACCCUCAUGAAGUACUGUCCAGGGUUACUUGCCCUCAAGACAGAGCCUGUGCUAGCUCCAGUAAAGAAGGCUGCCAUGCUCCCUGUAGAGGUUGCACUGAUGAAAGAGAAUGAUGAUGUGGCAGCGGUCAUGAUCAGGAGAAUGAGUCACGAAAGGAUCCAGAGCUUAUUUUUCUGGAGACCAGAUAAUCCGUUGCAGUCUCCAAGACCAUCUUUGUUCAGUUUCCAGAAAAUCCUAGCAAGUAGUAAAAUGAAGAAAUCCUCUGUGGCCAUCUUAGACUGUAUGGUAAACCCACACUGGCCUUUUCUUCCUGAACGCAAGGGCAACUAUGACUGUGAAGAAGAGGAGGAUGCCAUUGAGGGUGCAUGGGGGACUAUACCAGAUGAUCCUCUAGACUAUCACUUCUUCUACCAUGUGAUUGAUGGGGACUGCGAGGGACGCCCACCAAAGAUCCCAGAUGACGAUACUCCUAAGAAAAUGAUUAAUAACACAUUCUUUAACAGAAAGUCAAGGUCUUGUUUGAAUGUUAUAGCCAAAAGUAAGAAUAUGGAUGCCAUCCAGCACCCAGUUGUUAGAAUGUUGAUAAGUGCAAAGUGGAAAGCUUAUGGACAUUUUAUUUUAUGUAUCCAGGCCCUGGUGUACGUCCUAUUCCUGGGCUUUCUCUCCUGUGCAUUGAUUCAAGGAUCCACUCUUGCUGACCCCCGCAAGUACAUUGGACAUGGUGACAGGGCGAGGGGGUUCUGUGAGGUUGCUGUACUUAUUAUGCUGCUGCUCUACCUGAUAGAGGAGGUCAACCAAAUGUCAAGGGAGCAAGCAGCAUAUUUCAAGGACGUGUAUAACUAUUUUGAUUGGCUUGGUGUCAUCUUCAUCUGGCUCAUGGUGCCACUCAGAGUUGUCAAUCAUGAUGCACAAUGGGUCUUGGCUUCUCUUGGCUACCUUUUUAACUUUUUCAGGAUUUUCAAGUUUUCUAGUGUCACACGAACAACUGGUCUGUACACUAAGACCCUGGCACGGAUUAUCAUUCAUGAUAUUUCCCGCUUCCUAGUUGUGUUUGCAGUGAUUUUCCUUUCAUUCUCUGGUGCUUUGUUCCUUUCUCUUCGAGCCUACAAUAAUCAACAUCUCAUUGGCGGCUUUGAACAGGUUUUGUUAAGUGGUAUUAGAACACUAGCUGAACAGCAACCUAUCUCAGAGGAUUUCUCCAAAUUCAAGUGGCUCUCCAUUCUGCUAAUGAUGUCUUACAUGGGGACGGUGGCGGUGGUUUUACUAAAUAUCCUGAUCGCUCAGCUUAGCACCACAUACACACAGGCCAAGAAGCGUGCCAAGCUCGAAUAUGACGUGGACAGGAUGCUGCUCCUCACGCGCAUGGAGAACUACCCCUUCUUGAACCUGCGUGUUCGUUACUACAAGGAAGGGGACUGGAUUAGCGAAAUGAACUUGGCUAAAGAGCUGCUUGAGUUCAGUGAAGACAGACAUCCCCUUGAAACAAUCGAACAGAAGCUGGAGAUGCUUAGGGGGCUGAUGCGCAAGAUUGUGAAGACCAUCAAGCCUGUCAGUAGCAUUGAGAAAUAAGCACGAAGAGUGACGUCAACUACAUUAGGCACGGAUAGUAAUGUCAGCAUCAUGUAAAGUGUAACGUAUGUUACGAAGAGUGACGUCAGCUACAUUAGGUACAUGUCAAACAGAGAGAUAAGAGCACUGAGGUUGACUUCAGCAGCGUUAUGCACAAAGAGUGACGUCAGCACCAUUGUGCAAAAAUUAUCGUCAGGUACGAAGAGUGACGUCAGUAGCAUAGAGAAAUAAGAACGGAGGAUGACGUCAGCAACAUUAGGCAGGGUUAGUGACGUCAACAACAGAGAGAUAAUGGGCACGUAGGAUGACGUCGUACGCACAGAGAACUAAGCACCAUUCUAGUUUCAUUUUACUGAGUCAGUAGGCAUUGGAUUCUAGAAUUUUAGUAACAAAGAAGUGCCACAGAUCUAACGUAAGAUUGUUGAUAACUCCUUUGGGCCCCUGUCGCUGCAUCUCGUUCUAUUUCUAGUUUGUUUCCAUCUAGUGUUACGAUUGCAAAGGUCUAAGCUUUUGUGUGCUAUGCGUGAUGCCUUCUUUAUACAACUAGUAUUAUAAGCGUCGAAAGAAUAGUUUUAUAUGAUUUUAUUAUCGUAAUUCGGCAUCAAUCAUUUAUGGUAAAGUCUUAAAAUGUUCUCUUUUAAUAUAUAAUAAAUCCUUUUUUAUGGUU